AUGACAAUGACCAAACCCAAAGCUGCUAAAACGACCAGGACCCAUCUUUGUUUCCCUCAGAAGGUCUACAAUGUGCUUCAACUCUGUGACGAUACUCAUCAGGAACACAUAUUAUCAUGGAUGAACAGUGGGACGGCGUUUAAAGUACACGAUGUAGAAGCGUUUGAACGUGAACUGCUUCCCAAGUAUUUCAACACUCAGAAAUAUGCUAGCUUUACUCGAACGCUGUGUGCCCAUGGAUUCGAUUGUGUCAGAACUGGAAGACAAACCGGGAUCUACUCCCACCCUAAGUUUAAUCGCAACGACCCUUAUGCUCCUUCGAUGAUAAAGAGAGUGAAGAAAGCGAAGAAUAAGAAAGCAUUGAAGGAAGGUGUAUCGAAUCGAAGUCAUGGCUUGUUGUUGCGAGAUAGAAAGCGACCCAUGGCAUUUCCAUCGCUUCUGGAUAACCCGCAAUAUCGAAUGGCUGAAGAUGAUAAUGCAACAGUUCUAGGUCAGCUGUACCAAACGACACGGUCUCAAAUAGCUGAUCGAGCAACGAAGGCGCUGAUACGUCUUCCGCCGGGGAUUCAUUUCGUGAGUUCAGACGAAAGUAGCGAUGACAGUAGUGCGGGUGGACACGAUUCAGCAUCAGCAUCAGCAUCAUCUGUGAGGUCUAGUUCUUACCAUAUCACGGAUGACUUAGAGGAAUAUGACGAAGAUGAUUUUGAACCGAUACCUUGGUCACCGCAGACUUCAACGCAGAAUUGCGGUGUACUUGAUCAUUCCGAAGGUAAUUCGUCUCUGAGUUCGAUGGAGCCAAGAACUAUCCAGGAGAUGAAACGAAACCCAGACGAUUUGAAUGCAUUGUAUAAUGUGCUUCCGAUGUUUUCACAGCCAAGGUACCAAGCGUUGUACGACUUUUCAUCUCCGUUCGUUUUACCAGGUCUUUUCUACUUUAUGGAUAUUUCAUCAUUUGGAUUAUACUGGGCAACCUUUCUCAUCGUUGGGCACACCAUUCAAGCCUUGUUCACUGCCUAUGGACCGAAUACAGCUGAUUUGGUUCUGCGUCCGAAGAUCAGCAUGCUGAAGCAUAUUUUCAUGGACAUUAUAUGGAUGCAUUCUCUCCUCUCGGCAAUGGUAUUAGUUCCAGAAUAUUUUGGAGCAUCAAGUGUUAUGCUGGCCAUAACCUUUAUCGGCACCCAACCGCCUGGCCUUGCAACAAAUCUUAAGACGCACUAUCACAUGAAUAGCCAAAACCAGAGUGUCCCUUUUGUUCAUGGCGAAUGGUGGAGUGCAGACAUCGUGAGAUGGAUCUUCUUGGGUUACUUAACAGCGAUUCUCUGCAUUUGCCUAGGGCACUGUUUUACUGUUCCAACUCUGAAGGUGAUCGGAGUUUUCUUGAUGAACCUGACACCAUUACUCGCAUUCGAAUCCUACAGAUUGUUGCUAUCAAUUCCUUCAAGAUUGGAAGAUCAGCCUGGCGAAAAGAAACGCAAAUAG